UCUAAAAAAGGACCCGUAUAUUUGCAAUCUGGUGCCGAAACAAGUAAAAUUAGUCUAAUUAAUUAAAAAAUAUAACAGUUUAAAAUAAAUAACACAAAACUAAAUAAACGUUUGUGAUUUGCUUCCGGGUUGAAUAGUCUGUCUUUUCCACUGUUACGGCUUAUAAAAAGUGACCUACUUUCACUUCCGAAAAAAGGGCAAAAUCUAGCACAUACACACAUAUGCUACCUUAAUCAAUGCAUAUAAGGUCAUGAGCGAUAACGAGUCAACAUCUUAUCAGCUAUCCCGAGUGAAUGCACUGCUUCCGCGUCAUCUUCUCGAUCGAUGUUAUAUUCUUAAUGACCAAUGUUUUGUAAGAGACUCGAAAGUUAUUAAGACAAAUCAAAACAGGGGAGAUAAAUGGGAGAUUCAAGGAAAGGAUGUUAUGUUUCAGUUCUGACAGGAGUAUGCAUCGCCUUCAUGGCUGUUGGUGUAGGAUUGAUCGUGCAGUACGUGAAGUACAGGACGUCUGAAUGUGUUUGUCCUGAAACAUCAAAGUCGUCAAAGCAGAGCGAUGGUAUUGGAAUGCUUCGACCAAAUGCAAAAGUUUCGCAUGAUUACAAAUUGUUUUACUUCGACUGUAGAGGGCGUGGUGAAAUUGCCCGGAUGAUAUUUGCAUACGCUGGACAUCCUUUUGUUGAUAAGCGCAUCAACUAUGAUGAAGAAUGGCCUUCAAUUAAAUACGAUUUUCCCCAGUAUGUUCUUCCAGUGCUUGAGAUUGACGGGUCCAAAAAUAUAACACAGAGUAUGGCCAUAGCCCGCCAUCUUUCAAGAGAGUUUGAUAUAUAUGGGAAAACUCCAACAGAACAAACAGUUAUUGACGAGAUUACAGAAACCGUUGCUGAUAUUUAUAACUUUGCUCUCGAAUUUCAAGUAGCUCCAACAUCCCAAGAAAGGGCACAGAAGAAGGCCGAGUUUUAUAAAGUUGAUUGUCCAAAGUUUUUAAUGUUUCUUGAGAACCUUGUAGCUGAAACGGGGCGAAAUGGUUUUGCUGUUGGUGAUAGCUUCACAGUUGCUGACUUGAUGCUCUUCGUCUACAUUGAACAUACGGAAGCACAUUUUACACCACCCGAGGCGCCAUUGCUGAAAAACUAUUCGCUUCUCGACCGGAACCGGAAAUUGGUUUCGUCAAUUCCAAGGAUACAGGAAUACCUUCAGAAAAGACCGGAACAAGAUCUGUAGUGAUUCAAGUUGAAAAAAGUGUUUGUAUAAAAUAAAGAAACAAGGAGCCCCAGUCUUAUCGUAUUAUAAAGAACCUUUUUUGCACGGAAUUUUCAUCUUACCUUCUGAAUAGGCCGGAACAAGAUCUGUAGUGAUAAAUUGUCUUGAGACCAGUCUUGACCAAAUGACAGUAAAGUUGGUAGGUAGUUGGUAGGUAGUU